AUGCGGCGGGAGCGGGGGAGCCGCGCGGAGGGCUCGGUCCGAGCUGAGGGAGGGAACGAAUUACUGCGCGACCCGGGGCUCGGGGACUCGCAACGGGCAGGGAGAUCUUCUCCCAUCUAUGUUUAUGAUGGCACAGGGGGGCAAACUUUUGGUGUAAGAUUUGAGGUUGAAUUUGAGGCAGAACUGAAAUCUGCUGGUGAGAAGCUUAUAGUAGUUGAUUUCUCUGCCACAUGGUGUGGACCAUGUAAAAUGAUCAAGCCCUUUUUCCAUAGUUUGUGUGAGAAGUAUGGCGAUGUGGUGUUCAUAGAAGUCGAUGUGGAUGAUGCCCAGGAUGUUGCUUCACAUUGUGAUGUGAAGUGUAUGCCAACGUUCCAGUUCUACAAGAGUGGAAAGAAGGUGCAGGAGUUCUCUGGGGCCAAUAAAGAGAAGCUGGAAGAGACCAUUAAAAGUCUAGUCUAAUCUGCAGCCAUGAAGACAUUGAAGCAUGAAUGCUUUGGCUAAAUUACCGCCUGCAACUUUUCUACUUAAAAAAAAAACCUAAACAGCUAGAUUAAAUGGUGCAAACUAUCUUCUUGGUCCAUGUAUAUGAGUACAAUAAAGUAUAAACUCUUCA